UCAGAGGAGGAGCACGUGUGGUGUCACCUGCAGCAUCAGUGCCAUAACCAACCAUUGCUGUACUUCUACGUUCCGAUUAUUGGUAAAAAAUUUGUUCAUCGUUGAAAAUCUCCCAGUACCAGGGAUUAAUAAUGAAGAUGCUGGCCAACUGCAAGUGCCGACCAAUUCAAGACUCCAACUGAUGAUCAAUCAAGAACAAAACUUCUAAUCAACUGAGAACUCCAAAUGAUAAUUACUCAUGAACUAAAACUGAUAAUUCAUUGACAAUUCCAACUGAUGACCGUUCAAGAACUCAAACUAAUGAUCAGUGUUCAAAUUGAAUCAGAAACUGAAACAGCUAAUAAACUGCGAACUGCAAAAGAUGGCCAAUCGAGAACCCUUGCUGAUGCUGAAUUGAGGACAGUAAAAGGAAGCAAUAAAAGCGACCUAAUAGACAGACGACACCGAACAUAUAUUUCAUGACUUAAAUAUUUCGUAUUAUAAUAAUUCUAGCACUAAUGAAUGGAAAUAAUAUAAUGUAAAUGAUCAUAAGCUAAGCAUGUCUUGAAUUUCAGAUCUUUCUCAGAGUGCUUUGCUGAAAUAUUAAAUCCUAACUGAUUUCCGAAGGAGUAGAAUAACACCUUGUUCAUAAUACGCACUCAAAAUAAAAGAUGUCAGCGUAGAUAAUUCCGUAGUUGGACUGCUUUCGGAAGCGAGUAAAGUUUUUCUGUGGAAUUAUUUCAUAAACUUAUACGGAAUUUACAAUUCUAAUGCGUAAACAUCACUGAAAUAUAUUUAUGCUGCAUAUUUUUCCAGUAAAAUGACGCUAAUCAUGAACGAAACUAAUAAAUACGAGGCAUGGACCAAUUUUUGUUACCGGGCACGAUGAUGCCAUUACUCUACGGACCAUGAGGGCCGUGUUCCUACAUCUCCUUUUAGGCGCAGUGGCGGCCAGUAAUGGCGCUACGACUGCACAAGAGAAAUUAACAUCUCAUAUGUCAGGAAAAAGCAGUUUUCGGUGCUCUCUUCAUGGCCAAAAGCUACAUUGCCUGAUAUUCGUGAACCACGAUAACAAAUUUGCAUCAAACGCUAGUGACUUUGACAGGACAUCAAAAAACUCUUUUAAUUUUUCCGACUUUAUAAAUCGGAGCCAAAGUUCUACUUCGGCCGAAAUGUUUUUACGCGAAUAUAGCGACAAAAACUCUGACCCACACAUCAAAGGUUCAAAUAUAGAGACUUAUUCAAGCCACACAAUUGUUGAGACAAACACACAAACUCUAUCAUUUUCCGACAACCUAAACUCCAACCGAGACCUCCCAACAACUUCACCUCUCUGGAGCUGGAACUCGUCCCACCGCUUUGUCCCGCCGCCAGGAAAUGUUUUCGGCAAUAAGGCUGAAGUGAAAGAAGUUUCUAUGACCUGCGUUUAUUCCACUGACCAAAACACUCAGGUUCUGAAGACCAAAGACCAUGAAGAGAAAAUUAGCGAGAUCAGCCCAUCUUCAUUUACCGCGGACCCCGGCCAUACGUCUCCGCGAUGUCGAAGUGACAAGAAACUAAUUUCAAGUCUACAGCUCCAACAUGAGAGUAUCAUCAGUUUUAUACUGGAGAAAAUUCCAUCGGUCUCGUCGGUUCGUGUGACGAACUGCGAGUUGCGAUCUUUGGACAGCGUUGUUCUGCCGCCCCAGCUACGUCGCCUGCAGCUGCAGCGUCAACGGCCCCUACGAGAGAGGGGCACUUCACCAUACAACGUUACAGCCGUCGAUGUCCCCCAUCAAAAUUUUAUGACCCCCUUAAACCAUGCCCCCCAUCAAGAAUAUAUUGGGGGCCUUUUCGAUGCUGCCCAUCAAAAUUUUUUGGGUGGCCGACACGACGCCUCCCGUCAAAAUUUGAUGGGUGGACAAGAGAGCAUGAUGACCGAACAAACUUCAAAUGCAAAAUUUCCCCGAAAACAUUCUUUCCUCGGUGAAAAACACUUUGAAUAUUGCAGUUCGUUAGAUAUAAACGAAAAUAAUCUACCGAGAUCUUUAGAACAUAUUCAUAUUUCACAUUACAGGAUAAGAUAUGUUAAAUUAAACUCUUUUUGUGGAAUAAAUAGCUUAGCUGACUUGAGACUCACCCACUGCGCAAUCAAUGAUGAUUUUUUACGCGGAAUUAAAAAUCUAUAUAAUUUAACGAAGAAAUCCGAGUUGAGGGUUGACACUAAAAUUGAUCCGAAUAAAAAAACAAUUCAAGUCAACGCUGGGACCAGAGGAUGCGCAGAAGCCUUACGUUAUCUCGAUCUAAGCCACAACGAAAUCCAGCGUUUGUCGGGAUCAGCGUUCGCAGAGUUCACUUCGUUAAAGGAACUACACAUCAGCCACAAUAAAAUUAAAGAGUUAGAAGAAAAUUCUUUUCAAGGCCUUGAAGCGCUAGAAACUCUUGUAAUUUCACACAAUAAGUUAAGGUCUAUCCAUGAAAACUUGUUUAUUGAAAAUAUUGUUCUUAGAAAGCUACUUAUUAAUCAUAAUUUUUUGCAUGUCUUCGAUGGAAGAUCAUUUUCAUCACUAGAAGAACUUCAAAUUCUAGAUUUGUCGAAUAAUUUUUUUAAUUUCAAAGGACCUGACAGGUCAAUUUUUGCAAAGUUAAGAAGGUUGGUCAUUUUAAAUGUAUCAUUUAACCGUAUCGACGAACUACGGUCGGCUUCCUUGAAAGGUUUAAGUUCCUUGCAGAAGUUGGACUUGUCUCACAAUUUCUUGACGAAAUUAGAAGCGGGGACUUUUUCCAACAUGGUCAACCUAUACGAACUUGACCUCUCCCACAAUAGUUUAAUAGUUUUACGACCUGCCGCUUUCUACGGACUUCUUGGACUCUCAACACUUACAUUGAGAAACAAUCAGCUGAAGGAGAUGAGCUUAGGGCUUUUCCAGAGCAUUGCAAACCUCAAAGAUCUCGACUUGUCCGGGAAUUUUUUGGAAAAAAUUCCUGCCGCUAUUUCGGAUCUGUCGUUCUUGCGAACCCUUGAUAUGAGUCGAAACAAAAUAAUUUCUCUGGGGAAUUUUUCUUUCGGUGGCAUGACCAACUUACUGAAUCUAAAUUUAAGUUAUAAUUUAAUAUCGAUGAUAAGUUCAUUUUCAUUCACAGGCCUGGAAUCAUUGAAAUCGUUAGAUCUUUCUAGUAACGGAAUACAAAAAGUCAACGAACAAACUUUCGACGUUCUUGCUAAUCUCGAAAGUUUGCACAUGUCUAAUAAUUCAUUCACUAACAUGAAUGGUCUAUACGCGGGGAUGGAGAAGCUAUUAUUUCUCGACCUUUCAUAUAAUAAGAUCGCUUCAUUUGACUACGCUUUUCUACCAAGACAAUUACUUAAAUUAAAUCUAAAAUCAAAUCAAAUUCGUCAUCUCGGAAAUUUCUAUAAAGUCCACAAUUUUUUACAACUCACUGAACUUGACGUAAGCUUUAACGAACUCAAAAGCCUCACUCGGCUGUCAUUACCGAACGCCAUCGAAAGAAUCGUGCUUCGUAACAACUCCGUAGAGUUCGUAAGCUCAACGACAUUCCAGGAAAAAUUCAACUUACGUUAUCUUGACCUUCGUCACAACAACGUACGACAGCUCAACCCAUUCCCGCUUAAGGACAAACAAGUUCAGGAAUACUCUACUCCUUUAGAAGUACUCCUCUACAACAACGAAUUGGUAUGUGAUUGUGAAAUGACUUGGAUUCAAUCCUCGUCUGUAUUUAAAAAACAAUCUUCUUCAAAACAACUUCAACCUUCUUCCCUCCACAUCGUGGAUGGAGCAAUAUCUUCCUGCUCCUUGCAUCACGUGCACGGUAACGAAAAGAACCUCAACGUCUCAAUACGUUUGUCGGAAACGGUUCCAGAGAAUUUCUUAUGUCCAUACACAACGCAUUGCUUUGCCUUGUGUCAGUGUUGUGAUUUCAUAGCAUGUGACUGUCAAAUGCAAUGUCCACACAACUGUUCAUGUUACCGUGACCACACAUGGACCACAAAUCUGGUGGACUGUUCUCACUUGGCCCUACGAAACCUACCUCCCGGACUGCCCAUGGACGCCACUAUCGUUUAUCUCGACGGUAACGACUUCAAGGAUCUGCCGGCUUUGCACUUCAUAGGACGACAUAGCAUACGGACGCUUUAUUUAAAUUCUUCGAACAUCCACUCUCUACGAAAUCGCACUUUCCAUGGACUGCGGUCUUUGGAAACCCUUCAUCUUGAGAAAAACGAGCUUACCCAUUUUACUGGCUUUGAAUUUUCAGGACUUUCACAUCUCAAAUCAUUAUUGCUUAGUGAUAACAAACUUGCUUUUAUCUCUAACCUUACUUUUAUUGGACUAAAUAGUUUGAAGGUUUUAAACUUAAGCAGUAAUCUCCUUUCGUUUUUCUCUAUUUCGGCUUUAACAGUUAAUGAGCAUCUAAUAUAUCUCUCAUUGUUAAAUAACCCUAUAAUUUGUGAUUGCAAUUUCAUAUUUUUGUAUGAUUCUUUUAUCAAUGAGCACAAAAACAAACUCGAGUUUAAGAACAGCAUCAUCUGCUCAAACUAUUUUGAUUUAAGCCACAUUUCUGCGAUCGUUAAAGAAAAUUGCAUAGAAGAACUAGAGAAUAUAACUUGGCUAACACCUUCUGCGUUAGGCGUGAUUAUAGCCUGUUGUUGUGGCACUGCAGUGGUGCUGUUUACCCUGAUGUUAGUAUUUGUAUAUCGACUACGGUAUAGCACUAGCAAGGUUAACCAGUUUAAAAGUCUUCCGUAUUCCACUAAGAAUUCUGGUGAUUCUGAGUACUUUGAUUUAUAUGUGUGUCAUAGUUCGGAAGACUUACCUUUCGUACGUGACGUUUUAGUAGCGCGUUUCAAAGAAGUCAGUCCCUUAACAAAAAUAUUUUUGAGUUCGAAUCCUGAAUCAUUUUGUUCAAGAGGAAGUUUAAAUAUUUUCUUGACGAAGAAGAAUAUAUCCAACAGCUGUCGAUCGAUGAUUGUGGUGACGAAAAAUUUGUUGGAACACGAAUGGAAGUCGAAGAACUUCGCUGAAAGCCACAUCGAUGGGUUUCGUGCUUUGAACAACUCAAUAAUUUCUCUGUACCUUGAUGACAUUCCAGAUUCUUUACUAAAAGAAGAUAUCCGAUUAAUUAUUUCUGAAUCAAUAAAAAUUUACUGGGGGAGUGACAAAUGUUGGAACGAGCUUCUUGAACUUAUCGUUUCCUAUCGUCUGCCAUUCUCUCGCACUUCAUCAAUUUCUCCAUCAAAUGACAGACGAAGUAACAGCUCAGCUCGCUUCUAUUCAUUAGUUUCUCAUAUUCCUCCCUCUCCAGAUAAGGUUUUUCGCAAAGAUUAUUCGUCGAAAGUGCGCCACAAUUCUGGUGCGUUUGAUUUUAAUGACAGUGAAAAUGAUUAUUCAGCACGACCACUUGCUCGGCGUUCUGUCGUUGUAAUUAGCGAUGACCGUAAAUUUAGCACGGAUCAUUACAACCAGGAUGGAUGUUUAACAAUUUCAUCAGACAGCACAGUAUGUCAAUCAUACAAAAAUCCCAGAAAUAUUAAUGACUCUCUGAAUCAUGGAUUUUCACCCCACAAAUUUCAUAAUUAUAUGAGUCCCAUUUCACUAUGUGAUUCUAACUUGCCUUGUGCCCGAAAAAUAUCUCAAGAUUCUUCUUCAGGUAUUGAAAAACAUGAAGACCCAUCAAAUCAAUUGCCAUGAAUCUACCGAUUCUUGGGGCAAUCUAUCAAUUCGUGGGGUAAUCUAUCAAUUUUAUGGGUUAAUCUAUCAAUUUUGGGGUAAUCUAUUAAUUCUUGGGGUAAUCUAUCAAUUGUUGGGGUAAUUUACCAAUUCUUGGGGUAAUCUAUCAAUUCUUGGAGAAAUCUAACAAUUCUUGGGGCAAUUUAUCAAUUCUUGAUUUUAAUGAACAAUAUCACGACACACGAAAUGAUUCUUACCAUGUGAAUCAUGUGAAUCAACAUCCCAUGUCAUCAUUGCGUGAAGUUCUACUAAUCGUUAAUGAGAAUGAUAUCGAACAGUUCACUGAGAUGAUGUAGCAUUUUCAAGCGUUGCCCCUACAUUGUCGGGAUAUAAACGGACUAACUCGACCUCUUCAUACGAGUCUCACAAUGAUUCUGUGAAUAAAUAAUUCGAGCGCAGAAUGUAAGCACUGAGAUCAGCAUUGAUUUAUUCCGUGAGCGACAGGCUUUUGAUCAGCCAUCCAUGAGUGUCCACCUUUUAAUCUAGAUUUUAUUGUCAGUAAUUAUCGUUUCAUUCGCCUUUAGGUACGCAGAGUUUGAAGACAAUGCAUACGCAGAAAAAUGCUCAGAGAAGUGAGUGGGCUUAGGCCAAAUAGCAGUACACUUUUUGCCCGUGUGCAUGUGGGUCGUCCUGACCCAGUUUGUCCGCACGUAUAAAGGGCUAAUCGAUGCUACUUCUGCUCUCUGCUCGUGCUGUGGGUAGGAAAGUGUGUAACUCAAUAUUGAGGCAAGUUGACGCGUUCAUUUUUCUGAGUGUUGGGUUGAGUGAGCAAAUAUCAAGAGGUGCACUUUGCUCUUUGCAACUUUAAUACUGUCUUUUUAGCGCAUUUUCUCAUUUAUGGAAAAAAUGCACUAUUGU